AUGAGAGGAUUUCGCACUCGGCCGAUCACCUACAGGAGAGGAGUUUCUGGAAAGCAGACUGCGUACCUGAGAGCGGAACUUGAUGGACGACCAAGACUCUUGCUGCUGUCUGACAGCAAUUCACGAAAUCUCGUGCUCCCCCGGGUAGUCGUUCCCUCUGUUUCCUGCCCGUUCUCAUUUUCUGUCAUCUGCUUGCCGGGUGGGACAAUGAGACACGGUGUUGCGGAAUUGAGGAAUACUACGCCUUUCCCAUCUGUUGAUUACCUGGUAAUCGCUCUUGGGACGAACGACGUCGCCAGCUACCAAGAAAGUGAGAAGAACUUUUCUUCUUACUUUCACGGGCGUGCCAUAGAGAUUAUCGAUGAGUGUAAACGUGUUUACCCGGGUUCCAAGAUUCUGUUGGCGAAAAUCUUGCCCCAGACCGGACGUCACACUCGCGUCCAGGUGGCCAACGUUGUUCUCUCGGGAAUAGCGUCUGAUGCGAUGUUACCACUGUUGGAUCUUGACGUUGGCAAGGAUCCGAAUUGUUGGAACGGUCGACUUCAUCUUUCAGACGUUGGACUUCAGCAGUAUAUGGAGACGCUCGAAUCAUCUGUAUCAAAUUUGGUGGGUGUAUCUAAUAACAAAGAAAAAUUAAUAUCCUUUGGAUCGUUUGUUACAGAUCGUGGGGAGAGCGACGGAAAUGGAUGCACGACGUCACAAAGGGCCAGCGGAAGAAAGAGGAGACAGGAGAAAAGUAAGUUAACGGAGCAGGUAACAGUUUUUAGUAAUAACGAUGAUUUGAGUUUUUCCAGGUUUUCGAUGGAGUACGUGAUUUCGUCGUCGGAGUCGUACAACGCAUCGCGCGUUGUGCUAUCAAGAAGAGAAAGAAGAUCCUACGCGCCAAAGAGAAGAAAGGGUAAGGGUAACCACAAUUCACUUUUUAGCAGGACCAAAGAAGAACAGAAGAAUGUGGCUGUAUCUGAAUGCAAGCCGACCGAAGAACAGGUAAAUAGGACUAGUGCUAAACCUGUUUUUGUGCCAACAGAAAGAAGUCCGCCAAGUAAGAAGAUGAGAAGAAAGAAGGAGAAGAAAGCAGAAAAGAAGUCGGCAGUUGAACUGGUAAUUAGGCCUAGUGGGAAAGUAACAAACUGUGGUGUAUCUAGAGUUUCCAGCAUUGCAGCGUCAGAUAGAAGCGGAUCAUUGGAUGUACACGAGAACAUUGAAAAGAAGACUGAGGACAAAGAGGAGAAGGCAAGAAGAAAAGAGCAGGAAUCUUACGAAGAAAUGUCAAGUGUAAACGUAAAAGUCAUAUGUAAUAGACAGAAUUCACAUGUUAGAAUUUUAAAUUCAGGGAUUCGUCAACCAGUGGCGACGGAAGAACAGCGAGCGGCAAUAGAUGUUUUUACGAAGCUGGAUAUUCCGACACUACCGAUUUCACUAAAGAAAAGAGGAAGGGUUAAUCACUUAACGUGCAGGAGAACAAACAGAAUAGAAGGGGAAGUAAAGUCAAGCACUCCAGUCCGCUUGCUCGGAGGCGGUGGGACAUACAAGAAAAAUGUGUACACGGCAGAAAAUUUUGCAGUAUUGAUGAAUUCGAUGGAAAAGUUUGAUCCACAUGAUUACGAUUGUUGGUAUCGAUUAGUUUCUACAUUUUUCACCCCAAACAUGUCCAAAUAUGAAACCAAGCGAAAAAUAUUGGAACAAAAUCAUGAACAAGUUUCGCAUGCAAGCUCCUGUCCAAAUUAUAAGCAAUCGUCUCCUCAACGCGAUGACGUUACAUUCGAUCUUGAAAUGACCAAAUCAAAUGCCAAUGACGAACAAAAGCAAGAAAACGCACCCGAACAUCCCGAUUCUUCACAAGUCAAAGAACGGCAUGUGGAAUCUACAACUCAGGCAUGGAUACCCAUUGAGGAUUUGCCUAACAAGGCUGAGUUUAUAGUUAAAGAAGAUGACUGGAAUGCCAUUUUGUGCUCUGUCAAAAACAGAAUAAUUCUUUACAAAGACUGGGGGGAUAAAAUAAGAGAUGGCAUGAAAUUAAGCAAUCCUUAUUGCUCAUUUGCGUUUCGUCGCCAUACUUUUAACACAAACAACGACAGCGGUCGCGUGUGUUUCACACUACUGGAUAUUGUCGUUUUCCUAAUUGUGAUAGGAAGUUUACGAUAA